AUGGACUACAAUUUUGUAAACCCUCAUCCUAAUCCAAAUUUUGUUCACUCUACUCAUAUGGUUCCUUCAUCCCCUCAUUUCAUACUAUCCGAUUAUCUUAGGCUUGAUGAUAUUUUUAUUGAUCAAGAAUCUCAUUCACAAAGUAUUGAAUCGUUAUAUAAGGUAACAUUUAGUCAUGCCAAUCAAGGAUCCAAUCAUGCAACCUCUAAGAAUAAUAACAUAAAAUACAAAAAUGGGAUUAAGAGGAAUAAAGGAGAAGUGGGGCCAAAUAUCGCCUUUAGAACGAGAUCAGAGCUUGAAAUUAUGGAUGAUGGAUAUAAAUGGAGAAAGUACGGAAAGAAGUCUGUGAAAAACAAUCCCAACCUAAGGAACUACUACAAAUGUUCAAGUUUGGGAUGCAAUGUGAAGAAAAGGGUGGAAAGGGAUAGAGAUGACUCGAGCUAUGUGAUAACAACUUAUGAAGGUGUACACAACCAUUGAGACUCCCUUUACCAACUAUUGCAGUCGAAUAUCUCAAGUUGUCUUCCUUCACAUCUUGUUUUGUUCCAUCACCAAUGUAUGUCGAUAUAUUACUUAGAA